AUGUCCAGCGCACAAUGUCUUCGCCGGCUGGCGACUCCUGCACAGCGCCCAGCCGCUCUCCUCCGCCAGUCUACUGCUGCCUCUAGCAAGCUCCUACGCUCCUCUACCGGAACCAGGACACUCUGUAUUUCAGCGCGAUCGUCAAAGACCUCCCCAGCACUUCUCUCCGCAUCGAAACCUUUCCAGCCUGUACAACUACGUCAAUUUAGCCUUACAAGUCGAUAUUAUGAAGAGCAAGUCGUCAAAGUGCCAGAAAUGGCCGAGUCCAUCUCAGAAGGUACCUUGAAACAGUUCUCGAAACAGGUCGGAGACUACGUCGAGCUGGACGAGGAAAUCGCAACGAUCGAAACCGACAAGAUCGAUGUCGCCGUGAAUGCGCCUGCUGCUGGUACUAUCAAGGAGUUCCUUGCAAACGAGGAGGACACUGUCACUGUUGGCCAGGAUCUGGUGAAGCUCGAGCUUGGUGGUGAGCCAGGUCAGAAGUCUGAGCAGGCAAAGGAAGAGCCAAAGGAGCCAGCAUCAGGCGACCAAGAGAAGCACAACGCAAAGGAUGAAUCGAAACCAAAGGAGGAGCCCAAGCAGGAGUCAAAGCCCGGUCCUAAGAAGGAGGAGCCCAGGCAGGAAUCGAAGCCACAGCCGAAGCAGGAAUCGCAACCCAAGAAGGACACGAAGAAGGAGGACUCAAAGUCGACCGAGCAGAGCUCAAAGACCGAAUCUCCAUAUGGUGCCCGCAACGAGAACCGCGUCAAGAUGAACCGCAUGCGCCUGAGGAUAGCAGAACGCCUGAAGCAGUCGCAGAACACCGCCGCAUCGCUCACCACAUUCAACGAGGUCGACAUGUCCGCGCUCAUGGAGAUGCGCAAGCAGUACAAGGAUGAGAUCCUGAAGUCGACUGGCGUGAAGUUUGGCUUCAUGAGCGCAUUCUCGAAAGCAUCCAUCCUCGCCAUGAAGUCCGUCCCAACUGUCAACGCCAGCAUUGAAGGUCCAGGUGGAGGUGAUACUAUCGUCUACCGCGACUACGUCGACAUCAGUGUGGCUGUUGCGACUGAGAAGGGUCUUGUGACACCGGUUGUGCGCAACGCUGAGAGCUUGGACAUGAUCGGCAUCGACAAGGGCAUUGCAGAGCUCGGCAAGAAGGCACGCGACAACAAGCUCACCAUCGAAGACAUGGCCGGCGGCACUUUCACCAUCUCCAACGGCGGCGUCUUCGGCUCGCUCAUGGGCACACCAAUCAUCAACCUCCCGCAAACCGCUGUCCUCGGACUCCACGCCAUCAAGGACAAGCCAGUCGCCAUCAACGGCAAAGUCGAAAUCCGCCCUAUGAUGUACCUCGCCCUCACCUACGACCACAGAUUACUGGACGGCAGAGAAGCUGUGACCUUCUUGGUCAAGAUAAAGGAAUACAUCGAGGACCCGAAGAAGAUGCUGCUGCUCUAG